AUGUGUGGAAUUCUUUUCCAUUAUCAUGGGGAAUCUUUUGAAAAUGAUGACUUGAUGAGCGAAUUCGACGAAAUGGGGCUCGCAAAUCGAGCUUAUGCACACUCUGCUGAAAUCUUCGGCGAUUUGAAAGCAUUAGUGCCGCUGAUUGUCGAUAGGGGUCCCAAUUAUGCUUCAUUAAGAUACUCAAAAGACGACCGCAUGUCGUGGUUUUCAUCCGUUUUGUCAUUGAGAGAACCGCUAACGAAGCAGUGUAUUGAAAUUGAUGGUAGGUUUGUUUUGCAGUAUAACGGUGAAUGCUACAAUUCAGAAAUUCAUCAUAACGAUACACAAUGGAUUGUGGAUCAGUUACAUAUCUACCAAAAUGCUCCAACCGCAAUCAAACACCUUUCUGGCGAAUUUGCCUAUACAGUUUACGACAGACACACGAACCAAGUAUUUUUUGGAAGAGACUCUAUUGGGAAACGAAGCUUAAGCUACCGCUUGGACUCAACUAGUGGACAGCUUAGCAUCGCCAGCGUGACAGGGAGGAUGGAAGGAUUUCAAAAUUGCGUUGCUGGAGUUAUUUACAUAUAUGAUGUAACAUCGGGAAAAUUAAGCGCGGACCUGAGGAUUCGUCCCUACAAUUUUCACGUCGCUGAGGAGAGUGACUUGAAGUACACCAAGCUAGAGGAGAGUAUCGAUUGUUUAUUUGCAAGCCUUGACACUGCAGUUCGUAGAAGAAUCAACACCAUUCAUCCAUUGCAUACUAAAAACAGCCCCAUAUCCAUAUUGUUCUCAGGAGGGCUGGAUUGUUCUGUAAUAGCUGCCUUGGUAUGUCAGAGCAUAGUCAGCUCCUGUGAAAAGACAGUUGUAGAAUUGCUCAACGUCGGUUUCGAGAAUCCAAGAACGGGCCUCAUGCCUGAAAACGUACCCGAUCGAUUACUGGGACAGAAGUCCUUUCAGAAACUGCAAGCGCUUUUCCCAAAGAUAGAAAUUCGUUUUCUGGAGGUAGACGUCCCUUAUGAAGAGUAUUUAGAGCACAGAGCUCAGAUCAUGAAUUUGAUUUAUCCCAAACAAACAGAAAUGGAUCUGUCAAUAGCAACUGCUUUUUAUUUCGCUGCUAGGGGUCAGGGUUUUGUGAGAAGUAGCACGGGAACUAGAGAACGAUAUGAAAGGAAGGGUAUUGUACUCUUUAGUGGGCUUGGUGCAGAUGAAUUAUAUGGUGGGUAUCACAAAUUUGCCAAUAAAUCGAAGGAAGAACUCGUGUCCGAAUUGGAAACGCAAAUAAAUAACAUCCACGAUAGAAAUUUGAGUCGUGACGAUAAAGUGAUAGCAGCAAAUGGCGUUGAAGUGCGCUAUCCGUUCUUAGAUGACGCAGUUGUCGAAUUUUCCACACAGCUACCGAUCAAUUACAAAAUUAACAAGAUGAUAUUAAGGAGGUUAGCUCAUGAUAAACUGAAACUGACGGAUAUCAGUGAAGAACCCAAGCGAGCUAUCCAAUUUGGUGCGAAGAGUGCCAAAAUGACAAAAAACGGCAAUAAGCAUGGGACUGAUCUCGUAGAGGCAUAA